CUGUAGUCUACCUUCUACACACAACAAAUCAUUGAGACUUUCACUGUUAUCACAUAAUUUGCAUCCAUGGCCAUGUCUGUUCUGUCUCUUCCACUUCUCUCUCUCUUUCUUCUGUUUUUGGUCAUCAACUCAGGUGGAAUCAUGAGUUUUGCACAUGGACAAGCACCUGGACAGGGAUCUUGGUGCAUGGCCAAGCCCUCAUCAUCAGACGUGGAGCUGCUGGAAAACAUCAACUACGCCUGCGGUGUCGCGAACUGCAGUGCAAUUCAAAAUGAUGGCCCCUGUUACAACCCUGCUUCACUACUGAACCAUGCCUCAGUUGCCAUGAACCUCUACUACCAAAAAGCUGGAAGAAACUUCUGGAAUUGUGACUUCAAGAAAUCCGGUGUCAUCGUUGUGACCGACCCAAGCUAUGGUGAUUGCAAAUAUCAGUAUUCUAAGUAGGUGCAUGAAGCUGUUAUGAGUUGCAAUAUGUAUGGGUGUUCUCACUUCUGAGUAGGUUUAAAGAGUAGUAGUGACUUGGAAUAACCAGUAGAGGAAGUGCUCUUCUUCUGUUAAUAGAACUUUGUCUUUUUUAAUCGAAAUUCCUAGUAAAUUUUCAUUA